CUAUCACUUAACUUGACCUUGUAAAUGCGCGGGGUACUCAUAUACUUAUCAAUCGCCUUAUAUUCGGUUAGUGUAUCUGGCGAUCACAAAGAGGAGUCGAUACGUAACCUUUCAGAUGACAAUAAUUACCACGAACUUCGAGCGGAUUCUUUUCAUAAUAGCAAUAUCAACUGGCCAGAAAUUAGUUUCCUCCAGUCUGGAUGGUCACUUCAGGUGUCUACAACUGAACAACCCCAUAUUAUUCCUCAAUGUAAACUGCUGAAAUUUAACUGGAUAAAUGGUAGUUUUAGCUACGUGAAAUUCCUGCAUCGUCUACAAUUGUCAGAUAUAUUCAUGUCACCUUGGUCUAACUCUCAAUUCACUUGGCAACCUGGAUAUCAUGCUAAACAUUAUGACAAAUUGAGUUUGCAUGAUUGUUAUAUCUUAUUCAUUUUCUCUACCACUUGCCGAUUUUCUAAAGCUUCGUUGCCCUAUAUAAAUGCCCUAGCUCGAGCAUAUCCCCAACUGCCAGUUUAUGGCAUCCAAGUGGAAGAUUAUCAAAAAUGGAGUCUGCGUACGUUGUUUGUUCCAAAACUCAAGAUUAUCGUUAAUGGAAAAAUUUUCAACGAGUAUUCUGGUUCGGACACUGAUUUAUUUGGGAUGGUUGACUUCAUUUGGUCGAAUAUGCGUAAGUUCAGAUUUCUAAUUAUAGACUAA